AUGGCGUCCUCGUUUCAGGAUGCGUGGCAGACUGCGCUCGAUGUCGAACGCGAAUUGUUGCGCUGCCUCGUUGAGAAGGAGCCGACCUUUGCCGAGAUCUCACAACUUCUGUCCGAAUUCCGCACCGCUUGCCAGAAUGCGAUCCUUCUCGAUUUCGAUACCGCUCGUGCAACCGAUGUGGAGGGUCGCCUAUGGGAUGCGCACCUAAAACUCAACACUCGGUUCCGCAAGUUACUCGCUCGUUAUCGCGAGGAGAACACGAAGAAGAGACCCGUCGAGAAACGGAAGCUCGAAAAGCAUUACCUUGAUUUUAUCAAAUCAAGCCAGCGAUUCUAUCGGGGAUAUAUCCAGCACCUAUCCUCACAUUUCGGAGGCAUCGUGGAAUUGGAGAAAGUGGCGCGCAAGUUCAAUGUCGAGAGUGCGCAGCGUCCUAUUCCUCUUGUGUACCUGUCGGCUACCCCUCCAUCUUCGAUUACGCCUGAGUUGCGCUUGCGCAUCCUUCAGUCCUGCCAUGCGACUCUCAUUCGACUGGGUGAUCUCUCUCGGUAUCGGGAAACCGAACUUGCCAGCAACAAACGCAAUUGGGGCCCGGCCAUUGGGUACUACGACCUGGCCUCGGUGAUCUACCCUGCAUCGGGGGCAUCCCAUAACCAGCUGGCAGUAAUCGCGCUGGCCGAUGGCAAUCACUUCCGAGCUACAUAUCACCUCUACCGAGCAUUGUCCGCCCACAACCCGCAUCCCUCUGCAAAGGGAAAUCUGGAAAUCGAAUUCAAAAAGGUCAUGAACCUCUGGGUCAAGCGAGAAUUGAUUAGGCCAGAGGAUCAAGGAAUUCCGGGCAAAGCAUUGGCACCGUGGUUUGUCUAUCUCCAUGCACAAUGUUACAAGGGCAACGACUUUCCCGAGCACGAUGAGCUUGAGAGCGAGGUGAUGAGCCAACUGGCAGUUGACAUCAGGGAGCGCUCACAUGAAGGAACGCUUCAAAAGUUCUGUCUGGUCAACAUUGCUGCAGAGGACUUUGCCCGAACUCGGUCCACCGCGGAAUCUGUCUCAAAUGCGCGGAUGUUCUUCCAGCGCAUUAAUGUGAAGACCUUUUUCACAUUAUUGCAGAUCCUGUUGGUUGAGCUAGAGCGGUUUGCUGGUGAAGAUUCAAGCACCAGCAGCAAAGACUCGAAGAAUGGUCCCGACAAGGUCACUGUCGUUGCUCGACGAAUCCUGCCCGCUUUGCGACAUUACAGCUCUUGGCUUCUGACCACCAGUGACUUUCUCAUCUCGCCCAAGGAAGAGCAGGACUCGUCUCUGACGAUCCAGAUUCAAGAGUUCUGGAAGAUUUACGCAGGCACCCUGACCCUGUUGGCAUCCACCUUUGAUGUCGUCCAUCUUCCAGAGGUCGAUUAUCUUUUGGAAGAGGAUGAAGAAAGCCUCGGCUUUGCGCCACUAGACCAGGCUGCGACUUCUCGCCGUUAUGUCGGUUUAGGUGAUAAGCUUAAACCUAGGAUGAACGAUCCCGGUGUUGAAAGAAGCCAUCCAAACAUAGAGAUGCUCUACCGGAUCCGCGAGUUCGUGAUUGAUGGUUUGGAUUUGGUCGUGAGAAACAAAAUUCCUCUUGCCCUUGUGGAUGAAGAGGACAAGAAGACUUUCAUCUACCAGGAGGAUGGAUUACCUUCGCAGUUCUUCUCAAGCCCCCAUGGUCGCCAGAAUACCCUCACGACACCGAUUAUUGAACGAGAGGAUAUCCCACCAGCAGAUCAAGAUUCAGCCUCUGGCACCGAGGCUCGCAGCAUGUACGGCGACUCGCAGUCUGCCUCGGCCUCGGCCUCCGCAUCGAUGUCGGCCAACAUGCAUCGCAUCGUCGAGGAUAUGGAGCGCUUGGUCGAGUCCGAUACAUAUGAGAAUGCGCCCAAUGUCCCUGAUCAGUUCGCCUUCCUGCAUGAUUCCAGGGAGAUGCCCACUCCUUCGGCUCGAAUGGCGGCAAAUCUCUCUGCCUUCCCCUUUAGCGAGCAAAUCGCACAGCGGCUUAGCACUCCAAGGGCUCCUCCUGGCCUAGUUCCACCUGUCGUCAACACAGCAGAGACCGUCCGUCCAUCGGUAUCUCAAUCUUACACUCCACUCGUUGGGCUCCCCAGCAUCCCCAGCAUCUGGAAUACUUCAUCGCCCGCACCUCUGCGGGACGGUGCCUCUCCAUGCACACCACCAGGUCUCAGCCAGCCCUCCUCCAUGAAUCCAAUGGGUUCAGUAAAUCCUCACGCUACCGGGUCCCCAUCGCAAGACCAGAUCGCAAAUGAACUGCUUCGACAUCAACUAAUGGCCCAGGCACAGAAUUCCAGCUCCCUGGAGAUGUCAAGCUCCAUGCCAUCAUGGGUUUUCCAAUCCAAUGCACAGCCCGCAAACAAUUGGGGCCCGGAUCCGCGCAGAUUAUCCUACAACGUUCCUAGCCAGCCAAUGUCGAGCGGAUUACCAACCCAGUCGUGGGCUAACGAUGCCUUCAUCGCUAGCAGUCUGGCUUCAGGUACCGGGGCCUUCAACUCGGGAUUCAACGGCCAUCGCAAAUCGACCACUCAGCUUGGCGCUAUUGGUCAAACCCCACCUUGUGGGCAGGGCGGUUGA